AUCCAAGUGCCCCCCGACACCGACAUCUGGCGCCCGGCCCUGUCCAAGCACAACUUCACCGCGCCCUACCUCUACACCGUCGUCCCGGCCGCCCGCUUCCAGAGCGUCCAGGUCACCGUCACGGCGCCCUGGAAGACGCUCUACGACCAGGGCGGCCUCGUCGUGGCCUUUCCCACCAACGGGCACCACCACAACAACGCCAACCUCACGCGCUUCAUCAAGGCCGGCAUCGAGUUCAACGACGGGGCCCCCGCGCUGGGCGUCGUCGCGACGGACAUCCUGUCCGACUGGAGCCUGAGCCCCAUCACGGAGCAGCAGCAAGCCGGGGACAAGAACGCAAAGGCGACGAUCCUGGUGGAGCGGGACGGCACCGAUGCCUGGGUGUAUGUGCUCGAGGAUGGCGGCAGGACGAGGCGCGCGCUGAGGCAGGUCACUUGGGCCUUCAACGAGGAC